AAUAUGGCUGCAUGUCACUUGAGACCUGGCGAAUCUGCAGUAGAUGUGUACCGCAGAUCCCAAUGUUGUAAACCUGCAAACCACAUACCUGAUUAACUUAGACAACAAGGCAAUUUGGAGCUUCCGUUGAAAUUGAUCGCCAUGGUGUGGGAGCUUAUUGAGGUGCCUGGCAAUCCAUCUCCUCCCCAACAUUCUACAGUUGAUGUGGUGGCAGCGAACAUUGUACCCAAGUUAGCAAAUGCACUCAUCAGGCAAUUGAAUCAGGUAUGCCCACUUGAGAAUCUACGGCAUGUGAAGCGGGUGCGUCGGCGUGUUGGGUGUGGCGAAAAUUCUGAGUUAUCAAUCAUCUUAUGCCUUUCCACUGGGCCUGAAAAUUGUAGUGAAGGUUUUCCUGAAGAAGUACAAAAGAUAGUGGACAACUACCAUCUGAGUCCUUUCAUUGCAAGAGUUGCCAGUUGUUGUGCUACGUCAAAAGAAGAGUGGGAGGAACAGUGCAAGCUUUGGCCAACAUCUUAUCAUCCCCCUCAUGACAUUGAUGGUGUGUCUGGAUUCAAAGAGGAGGAAUUACCAGCAAUAUUUGAUUGCAUGAGGACUGCUAUGCAGUUAUCACAGGUUGGCAAUGCUGCCAUUGUUGUCGAUCCAUCAAACAUGCAAAUAAUUUCAAAGGCUACAGACCAAAUACAGCUGCAUGAUACUUCUCUAAAAGCAAACAAUUGCGCCAGAGUGGAAACAGAUAAGUCCUGCUCGUUACCUGAAGCAUUUGAGGAUAAAGCCAACGCUUUGUUGCUGUCAAGCUCCCGAUUUUGCAAUGGCUUGGACAGGGAGGUCUCAUGUAUAAACCCAUUUGGGUGGAUGAAACAAAGGUCUACUGAGCAGAAGCCAUUGACUUCUCAGGAUGGUUUUCUCUGGCAUCCUCUGAGACACGCUGCAGUAGUUGCCAUUGAAAAUGCCGCUGUGAGAGAUAGAAUGUUAUUCCCUACUUCAACAAAUGAACCAGAGUUAAAUGGUGACGUGGAGAACUGUUCUGAUGAUGAACCGGCAAAGCGGCUAAAGAUAGUUACAGAAGAUAAAGAACAAUCUGCAGAUCCAGCAUGCUGCAGUGACUUGUCUGAAAGAAACAGACCAUAUCUUUGCACAGGAUUCGACAUCUAUCUUGUUUGGGAACCAUGCGCGAUGUGUGCUAUGGCACUUGUACAUCAAAGGUUCAAGCGUGUUUUCUACGCUUUACCCAAUCCAAUUACUGGAGCGCUGGGCAGCGUUUACAGAUUGCAUGGGCAGAAGAGUUUGAAUCACCAUUACUCUGUGUUUAGGGUAAAAGUUCCCGAGGCAUAUUCAAAUGGAUCAAGUCAUUCUUCUGAGAAACGCUGCUGACAUUCUGUGUCGUCCUAGUAUGAAGAAUCCAUGAGCUAUUAUUCUGCACCAAAGAUGUAUGCCUAGUUGCUAAUAUAUUCAGUUACUCUUUUCUUGGUGACAAAUUGGUUGGUGUAUCAUUUGUUACUGUUAUGAGCUUGCAACGAUGUUUAAUGGCUAUUGAGCUUGAAAUUAGGUGUCGAGGAAAUGGAAAUGGCCCCAUUUUUUACUCAUAUCACCUGUUUCUCCAA